CAAAUCCAACAUGGCGGUCUAGUAGAACAUCCAUGCUGGUUUGUUGACAUUUAUGUGAAAGUUAUUCUAGUGUUGAAUUAGUGGAUUUUCAGCUGCCGCAAUUAUGUCAAGACUUAUCGUGAAAAACCUCCCAAAUGGGAUGAAGGAGGAGAGGUUCAAGUCGAUGUUUGCUGACUUUGGGACUCUGACCGACUGCUCUCUGAAGUUUACCAAAGACGGCAAGUUCCGUAAGUUCGGCUUUGUGGGGUUUAAGUCGGAGGAAGAUGCGAGCAGAGCGCUGCAACACCUGAACAAGAGCUUCGUGGACACGUCGAGAGUGGCGGUGGAAAUGUGUAAAUCCUUUGGCGAUCCCACUAAAGAGAAAGCCUGGAGUAAGCACAGCCAGCGUCCAGGGCAGGACAAACCCUCUGAUCCAGCUCCAGAUGAUGGAAAAAAGAAAAAUAAGAAGAAAAAGGAAACCAAAAGUGUACUGGGAAAUCUGGAAGAGGAGCAAGGAUUCAAGGAGUUUCUGUCGGUGCAUCAGAACCGCAGCCAAGUACCGACCUGGGGCAAUGACAUGAUUCAGGAAAUGACUGAUUCUGAAAGCAAGCAAGCCAAGACCAAGAAGAAGCCUGCUUCAGAUGAUUAUCUCAACUUUGACUCGGAGCAGUCAGAAGAUGAAGAGGAGGAGGAGGAGGAGGAGGAGGGUGAUAAUGAAGGUUGGUCUCUUCUUGUUGUCACAAAAGAUGCUCUGAAGGCUGGCCUUUCAGAUAUGGAUUAUCUGCGCUCAAAGAUGGCAAAAACAGAGGACACCAAAGAGGAGGCAGAUGAGAUGGAUGACGGUGAUGAUGAUGAUGAUGAUGAAGAAGAGGAUGGCGAUCAUGUACAGCAACCGGAUAGCGCCUAUGAGAGCAGUGACAGAGAAAACAUCUCAAAGACUAAACCUGCCGCUGAUAAGAAGCAGAGCAAAGGGAAGAAAACGGCCAAACAGGAGACGGAGGCAACGACAGGUUUCACAGUGAAGCUCAGAGGAGUCCCGUUCAGCGUUAAAGAGCAACAAAUUAGAGAAUUCAUGACCCCGCUGAAGCCUGUAGCAGUCCGGAUUGGCAAGAAUGAAAGUGGGAAUAGAACAGGUUACGUUUAUGUGGAUUUACGCUCUGAAGAAGAAGUGGGAAAGGCCUUGAAGAAGAAUAAAGACUACAUAGGGGGUCGUUACAUUGAAGUUUUCCGCGUUGAUCCCUCUGGGGGGAAGGGAAACUGGGACCGAAAGGAAAAGGAAAUUGACAGAAACUUCUCCAGGAAGCUCAAGGAUGAUGAAGAAGAGGAGGAAGUUUCAGAGUCAGGUCGACUCUUCAUCAGAAACCUUCCUUACACUUGCACAGAGGAAGAGCUUAAAGAGCUAUUUACGAAGCACGGGCCUUUAUCUGAGGUGCUUUUCCCUAUUGACAAUUUAACCAAGAAGCCUAAGGGCUUUGCUUUUGUUACCUACAUGAUACCAGAGCACGCUGUCACAGCUCUUGCUCAGUUAGACGGACACAUAUUUCAGGGUAGAAUGCUUCACCUCCUUCCCUCUACUGUGAAGAAAGACAAGCCAGAAGCCUCAGAUGCUGGUGGUCCCGGCUCCUCAUCAUACAAACGACAAAAAGAUGCUAAAAAUAAAGCCUCAAGUUCAAGUUCACACAACUGGAACGCCUUGUUUCUGGGUACAAGUGCAGUGGCAGAUGCCAUAGCUGAAAAAUACAACACUACUAAAAGCCAAGUGCUGGACCAUGAGUCGAAAGGAAGUGUUGCAGUAAGAAUGGCUCUAGGGGAAACUCAGAUUGUCCAGGAAACUCGCCAGUUCCUGCUGGACAACGGUGUCUGUCUGGACUCCUUCAGCCAGGCAGCAGCAGCAAGGAGUACUACUGUGAUCCUGGUGAAGAACCUUCCAGCUGGCGUGACGGUGUCAGAGCUUGAAGAGCUUUUUUCACCUCAUGGUUCUUUGGGCCGAGUGGUUCUGCCACCUUCAGGACUCACCGCUAUCAUAGAGUUCCUGGAACCAACAGAAAGCAAAAGGGCUUUCACGAGGCUGGCUUACAGCAAGUUCCAUCAUGUUCCACUGUAUUUGGAGUGGGCACCUGUCGGGGUGUUUGUGGCAGCCAGACCAGAACCAGUGUUAAAGAAGGAGGAUGCAGCGAAAGAGGAGAAAAAGUUGGAAGAAGAACAGGAGGAGGAUGAGGAGGAUGAUGAGGAGGAAGCUGAUCCAGGUUCUACACUUUUCAUUAAGAAUCUUAACUUUAACACGACAGAAGAGACACUCCAGGAGACAUUCACCAAGUGUGGAAAGGUCAAAUCCUGCACCAUUUCCAAGAAGAAAGAUAAAUCAGGUAAAAUACUCUCUAUGGGUUACGGCUUUGUCCAAUAUCAGUCAGCAGAAGCAGCACAGAAGGCUCUGAGGCAGCUGCAGCAUUGUACUGUAGAUGAUCACCAAUUAGAGCUGAAGAUUUCUGAGAGAGCUACAAGGACAACUGAGGUGUCACGCAAAAAGAAACAGGCUGAGAAAAAGCAGACGGGCUCCAAGAUACUUGUGCGUAAUGUUCCCUUCCAAGCCAGUGCCAAGGAAAUUCGAGAGCUUUUCUGUACGUUUGGGGAGCUGAAAACAGUCCGCCUUCCAAAGAAAGCUGCUGGUACGGGGAAACACAGAGGCUUUUGCUUUGUUGAUUUCAUCACCAAACAGGAUGCUAAGAAAGCCUUUGCUGCACUCUGCCACAGCACUCAUCUGUAUGGGAGACGUCUUGUGUUGGAGUGGGCUGAUGCUGAGGAAACGGUGGAUAGCCUUAGACGGAAAACAGCUGAACAUUUUCAUGUCGCCACUAAGAAGCUCCGCAAGUCAGAUGUUUUGGAAGGAAUUAUGGAAAAGAUGGAAACUGAAGGAGGUGAAGACUGACCUCCGAAUGCCUUUGGAGAAGCCUGACCAGUGGUUUUCUGUUGUUCUUAUAAGGACUGUGUAAAAAAAAAAAAACAUACCUUCAAAACUUCUUUUUUUUUCUUUCUUUUUUUUUUUAAUUGGACUUGCAUAGUAUGUGCACUGUAUGUAAACUGAUGAAGAUGUUCUUGUGAAUUUCUAACAUUGUAUAUGUUUUAUAAAGUGAAAUUAUGUAAUUGGUGUGUGUGUGGUUGAUCUUUUUUGUUUGUUUUUAAUAUUGUUGUUUCUGUUGCUGC